AUGUCUUGGAUUCAGUCAGCAUUUGGAAGCAAAAUCAGCCCAACAAUUCUUUUCAUCAUAGUAAUACUAGCUGCUAUAUUCUUCGUUUCUGGUGCUCUCCACCUGGUUGUUAAAUUUCUUGUGAAGCAAAGAAAUUCAUCAUCACAGUCUAAUCCAAACCCAGAAAUGUCCACUUCUGGUGCUUUUCAAAGACAGUUACAACACCUCUUCCAUUUACAUGAUUCAGGUCUAGAUCAAGCCUAUAUUGAUGCACUCCCUGUGUUUCUGUACAAGGAUGUUGUGGGCUCAAAAGAGCCAUUUGAUUGCGCUGUUUGUUUGUGUGAAUUCUCAGAACAAGACAAUUUGAGGCUUCUGCCUUUCUGCAGCCAUGCUUUUCACAUUGAUUGCAUAGACACAUGGUUACUCUCAAACUCAACAUGUCCACUUUGUAGAGGGGUAAUUUUGGCACCUGAGUAUUCUUUUGAGAACUCAUUUUUUGCCUUCGAUGAUUCGAAAGAUGACGAAAGAAAUUCAGGGAAUUCAGGUCUUGUUAGUGUUUCUUGUGGUCCAAAGACAAAUCAAGAAGAUAGUAGCAUUAUUAGUGACAAAAGGGUUUUUUCUGUGAGACUUGGCAAAUUUAAGAACACAAAUUAUAGUCAAGAAUGUGAAAAAAGAGAAGUGGGAGAGACUAGCAACAGCAAUAUUGACGCUAGGAGGUGUUUCUCAAUGGGUUCAUUCCAAUAUGUUGUUGCAGAUUCAGACCUGCAAGUGGCCUUGUGCCCUUCUGUGAAAGAGAAAGGAGGGCAAAGUGGGAAUUUCAAAACUGAUGAGGAUGCUUUUGAUGAGAAGAAAAUUAACACUAAAAGUAAAGGUGACAGCUUUUCUGUUUCUAAGAUAUGGCUGUGGUCCAAGAAAGGUAAAUUUCCCAGUUCCACGAGUACUCAUUGUUCUGACUCUAUUGAUGUGAGUUUGCCCUGA